AUGGCUCCGGUUACCAGAGAAUUCCAUGCUUCUCCCCAUGUCCAGAACAAGCUAGAGCUGGAGGGGAGGCUGUUUAGGGAGGGGUUGGUACAUGAUGCUGUGUCCCUGCUGUGUGUGCAGGACCCCAAGUACCCCAAGGCAGAGAACCUGCUGAGUGAGGACAGCAUACAGCCCUGGCUUGGCUGCCCCAAGGAUCACAGCAGGCAGCUGAGUGUGGAGCUAGUAGAGGUAAACAAGUUCCUGGGUGAUGAGGAACAUCAUCCAACAGUGAUGAGCUGGAGUCAAUCUCCAACAGGGGAGCCCAGCCAGUCCCAUUCAAUCAUGAAUGCAGACAUCAGCUGGCCAGAACUCAGUGUGUUCAGUCGUGUGCCUGUCUCCAACAGUGUGCAGCUCACCUGCAGCCAGCUCUUCAGUCCAUGCAGCUGCUUUGGGCUCUCCUUCAUCUGCCUGCACAAACCACGGGGGCAGGAGCCUGACCCCCCACAGCCCCCCUGGACACAGUAGGUGUCCCUCACACUUCCAUGUGUGCCGCUCUGUGGGGAGGCAGCAGGA